AUGGUCAGCAACAUGCAAGACGCAGGCGGCAGGCCCCCAAUCAGGGAUGUUGCUCAAGACGUGCUUCUGCUCAAGGUUCUUUCCUUCGUCGCCGCCCCGGAAGAGAAGGGGGAGACCGCGCUUUCCCACGCACGCCAAGUCCUUCUUGCCCUUCUCGAAUGUCCACUCUGGUGGAAACUGCCCGACGUCGUUGAAAAAGAAUUACGAAUAAUGGCCAGAGGCAGUCAAGUGCCGCAAUGCUCUUCUAUGGCACGGGCCAAUCAUGACGAUUCGACUCUGCCUGCUUCACCCGGCCAAUACUCCUCGAUCCGUCUAUUGCGGAAUAGUGGGCGCCAUCGACCAACAACGCAACAGACUAAUUCCGCCCGUUUGCGGCUUGCCACGGAAAUCCCACGCGCCGGUGGUGUUCACACCUACAAUCUGGUAUCCCAGGCAAUUGAGACAAACCAAUAUGCUGCAUAUGCAAGAAUUGCACCCGACAUUCCCCAAACUGCCAUGCCGCCUUUAUCCAGCGCUAAAAUUCGGAUUCUAUCCGUCGAUAACAGACAGCCCUGUCUCGGUGACACGGCGUUGGAGUCCGUUGGACUACAACCUCGUCUCGAGUCUCGCCCGGCCGCCUUUGCCUGUCUGACCUAUCGCCUCGUCCGCGCGGCUGAGUCACAACCGUCGGCGUCAUCCGGGGUUCCCGCCGACUUGUCUAGCCCAGGUUGGGUGUGCCAAGGCAACCUUGACCUUGGUCCUGACUCUCUGUCGGCCAGCUUCCAGAUGAUCUGA